CAACAAUUUACCCAUUUGUCAGUAGCCACAACAAGUGAGGAAUAACAAUCUUAAAUGUGUGUGGUUCAGUCUCUUCAGCUUCAACUGCAAUUCAACUCUCUCUAACUGUAAGUGAUUUUUUCUGUCCGAACCAAUGCAGAAGUAGCAAAUUUUACUUAGUAGUAGUAAUUAGUAUCAGAAAUUUUCUUUAAUUUUCAGUAUUAUGGCUGCUUCUUUGAUUACUGGAGCUGCUAAUCUCAAAUUAUCUAAUGAAAAAACAAAAACCCCAGCUGGGUUAGGUUCUGUUAGGGCAAAAUUUCAUGUUAGUUCCUUCCCCAGGAAAAAUCUAGUAUCUUACACUGUUAGAAAUACCCAAACAUCAAGACUUUUAGGUCCUAGAUGCAGUUUAUCAUCAUCUUCAAGACCAGCUUCACAGCCUAGGUUUAUACAGCACAAAAAAGAGGCAUUUUGGUUCUAUAGAUUCUUGUCUAUUGUGUAUGAUCAUAUCAUAAACCCUGGUCAUUGGACUGAGGAUAUGAGAGAUGAUGCUCUUGAGCCGGCUGAUCUUUACGAUAGGAAUAUGAUCGUUGUUGAUGUUGGUGGCGGUACCGGGUUUACUACUUUGGGAAUUGUUAAGCAUGUUGAUGCGAAAAAUGUGACAAUUCUUGACCAAUCACCUCACCAACUUGCUAAGGCUAAGCAGAAGGAGCCCUUGAAGGAAUGUAAGAUUGUUGAAGGAGAUGCGGAGGAUCUUCCGUUCCGGACUGAUUAUGCUGAUAGAUAUGUUUCUGCUGGCAGCAUUGAGUACUGGCCUGAUCCACAGCGUGGAAUCAAGGAAGCAUACAGGGUACUGAAAAUUGGGGGCAAGGCCUGUCUCAUCGGUCCUGUGUAUCCAACCUUUUGGUUGUCUCGCUUUUUUGCAGAUGUGUGGAUGCUUUUCCCUAAGGAGGAAGAGUACAUUGAAUGGUUUAAAAAGGCUGGGUUCAAGGAUGUUAAACUAAAAAGGAUAGGCCCAAAAUGGUACCGCGGUGUUCGUAGGCAUGGCUUGAUUAUGGGUUGCUCUGUGACUGGAGUUAAGCCAAUGUCCGGAGAUUCUCCACUGCAGCUUGGUCCGAAGGUAGAGGACGUGGAGAAGCCUGUAAAUCCGUUUGUGUUCUUUCUGCGUUUCAUUCUCGGGACGUUAGCAGCCACAUACUAUGUGCUGGUUCCUAUCUACAUGUGGAUCAAAGAUCAAAUUGUUCCAAAAGGGAGGCCGAUAUGAAAUGACUCAAGUAAGCGUGGUAAGUGGUAACCAUAGACCGCCAUUGUUGAGUUCCGUGUUAAAUUGACUGCUUAUGGUUAUACAAUUGGUUAGCCUCUUUUAGAACUAUCUUCUGCUAAAACAAUCAAAAGGAUGUAGCUCUAUGAUGUUAGAUGGAUGAACAGGCCUUCGGCUUUUCUGUAUUAUGAGUCUACUGUAUCUGUUCCUUUUUUGUGCUGAGCUUAUAACAAUCAAAUCUAACUGUGACAUUAUGUUCUUAA